AAUCCAUCCGCCGGAAACGCUAUCUCAACGGGGCAUCGUACAACAUUCCCGUUCCGGCUAACGCGCGACGGUUCAGGCAGAACGUCAGCAGCGGUGCCAUUAUUGCACAUGCACAUCUGGACAUGGGAGCCGCGAGGGGACACAUCGCGCAAUUGCAGUGUCAGUUUCGAAGAGUUGUCUUAAGUGGGGCGAGCGGCGCCAUGAGAGACCUCGGCCUUAUGAGCAUGCUGUGGGCUUAGUGCAUUUGCGAGACCCAUACAAUACGCGGCUGGACCCCUCUGAUGAUAAAAAGGCAGCAUUGCGCCUCCUCAAAGACAUAUUUCUUUAACACCUAUCUCAUAUACGAUUUUGGUCUUCUAGUUUCUCGCCAGAAUACGCAUAAAUCUCCCGUAUUUUAGAGCAAAGCCAGCGUUCUAGCAAACAUGUCCAGCAACGGAACUCAGGUGUUCGUCCUCUAUCCUCGACAGGAAGGCGUCACAUUCGACGAGAAGUAUUACCUCGAAACACAUAUGCCCCUCUGUGCUAAGCACUGGGGCCCGCAUGGAUUGAAGUCCUGGAGCGUUACCAAGCUAUCCGACGAUUCACCAUACAUCAUUUCUACCACCAUCGUCUUCGAGAGUGCCGAAGCAUUUGGCAAGGCCAUCACCGAUCCCGGAACCGCAGAGAUCCAGGGCGACGUUCCUAAGUUCACCAAUGUGCAACCUACACUUAUCCAGGGAGGGAUCAUCGCCAAGUCCACCUUGUAAAAAGAAACAUGUAUUAGACUAGCGUGGCAAUUGGCCAGGUUGCCAGAGCGAGCUAUCAACGAGUUGUUAUGAUUGACGACGGGAUUGGAAUUGACCCGAGCAAGAGACUCAGUACAUUGGCAUAUCCUACAUAUUGGGGUAAACAUAGCCAUCAUUGAACAGUACUCGUAACGAUGAAUGGAAGGACGAUUGAGGCAGGUGGGGUGGAGUUCGUUUAGGCAUAGGAUUGACAUUGGACGCGCAAUUGCAGCCAAUCAUUAGCUAGCCGAAAUAUGAAGCUUGGGCCAAAUCCUCCCUCCCCCCGCAUCGCAACAUCAACUCUCCUUCCGAAGUCACCGAGGCAUCAAUGACUGACUCUCCUUACUCCCCGUCUCAUCUCUCUUAGUUAUACGACGCUACUACGAGGACCUACUUUUAUGUCCUACCUGGAAUC